AUGGCGUCUACUCGGGAUGGUUUGUUUUGCUCCCGGUCUAUACAGCGAGCGAUAUUUUUCUUCUCUUUUUGCUGGACUUUAAUUCAGAGCUCUGUAAAUGAUGUUGAAAGUUGCUACAACCUCCGACUGGGACAGUAUCUUUGCAAAACCCCUAAAAUAGAUGAUGCGACUCAAGAACCUGAGAACUGCAAGGAUCUAGUGGCAUGGGUGGAAUGCCUUCCUGCACCAAACAUCAGCUGCUUACUAGCAAAUGGGACCAGGUUCAAGUUCAGCGGGGAGGAGGUUGGAUUUAAUAAAAGCAUCCCAUGUCGGAAUGUGACUGGCUAUUCGUAUAAAGUGGCUGUGGCUUUGUCCCUGUUCCUGGGAUGGCUGGGUGCAGAUCGCUUCUAUUUGGGUUAUCCAGCUCUCGGGCUACUGAAGUUCUGCACUGUGGGUUUCUGUGGAAUUGGAAGUCUGGUGGAUUUCAUAUUGAUAUCCAUGCAGAUCGUAGGUCCAUCUGACGGUUCGGAUUACAUCGUGGACUACUAUGGAGCGAGGCUCGUACGGCUCUCCAUAACAAACGAGACAUACAGGCGUACACAGAUCUCUCUCUGAGGAGGUGGAUGGAGAGGACAGGACGAAAACCUGACGUCCAGGAUUGUGUCAUAUAAAUCUCAGCUUUUCCUCUUUUCAACUGGGAAGACACAUUGACAUGCCAGACACCUCCCUGUGUGAGUGAGUGAGUGAGACUGAGUGAGUGAGUGCGUGAGACACAGUGAGUGAGUGAGUGAGUGAGACACAGUGAGUGAGUGAGUGAGUGAGUGAGUGAGUGAGUGAGACACAGUGAGUGAGUGAGACACAGUGAGUGAGUGAGACACAGUGAGUGAGUGAGACACAGUGAGUGAGACACAGUGAGUGAGACACAGUGAGUGAGUGAGACACAGUGAGUGAGUGAGACACAGUGAGUGAGACACAGUGAGUGAGUGAGUGAGACACAGUGAGUGAGUGAGACACAGUGAGUGAGUGUGUCUCACUCACUCACUGUGUCUCACUCAGUGAGUGAGUGAGACACAGUGAGUGAGUGAGACACUGAGUGAGACACUGAGUGAGACACAGUGAGUGAGUGAGACACAGUGAGUGAGACACAGAGUGUGUGUGUGAGAGUUAGAGAGAGUGUGAGAGAGAGUAUGUGUGUGUGUGUGUGUGUGUGAGAGAGAGAGUGUGAGACACAGAGACUGAGAGAGUGAGUGAGACAGAGUGUGUGUGUGUGUGUUUGGACUGCUGAGGAUUGUAAAUAGAGACUACAAUAUGUUAAGCUUGUGUUCUCCAAAGUGGAUAAGCCCACCUUCAUUCCUGCGUCUCCUCUCGCCCUCACCAUCCAUCCUUCUUUCAUCUGACUCUGAGCAGCAGAAUACAGUUCAUCCUAUAUAAUAGUUGUGCAAUGGAAAUCAGAUUUAUUUAAUUAUCCACCUCAGACUCCAGUGAUAUCACACACACAUGACACUAUGAGACUGUCAUCUACAAACUCUGUUAUUACGUAACCAGCAAUGCAAAAUGUCUUAGUAAAGUUUGGUAUGAUUCCAUGUAAACCUCCUGGGAAGCUGGAAGUUAUGCUGAACAGUGCAUAUACUAUUUAUGGACAGUAUAUUGAGUUAGAUUUUCGGUCACGUCCAUUAUUUGGCAAGAGGGAAACCAUUUUUCUUUCUGAACUAUUUCUUUAAGACCUUCUGUUUUGUCUUUGUUAUUUAAAUGAUGUAAAUAAAGUUUUACCUAUCUGU